GCAGAACGAUGGUCUUGCACGUCGACUGGAGGAAGAGAUAAGCGCUGCCGAUCCAAGGAGCGGAGCUGCCCGCCAUCUUCAGCACCCUACAAAAUCACAGAGCAAUGCACCCGGAAGACAGCACUUCCACCUCUCCAUUCUCAUCAUGCCCGUUCCUCGCUGGCCAGCUAAUGCAACGCUUACAUCUACCGCGGCUGCACCCAACUCUGCUCCCAAGGCAAAGACGAACCAAAACACCUCCCAGGCUAUGGAUACUCGGAAUGGAAAAGCUGUGCUAGACUGGGCAAUGCCAGACUGAGGCUGUGGCAGCUGGAGAGCACCCCAGAGCCCAGGAGACAGGCACGGCCACCUCUUCUUUCUGGUGUCUACACAAACUGUCUGAAGCCCCCCAAAACUGCUCCCACAGAGAGCGGCGCUCAGAGCCAGCCCUUCCAUCACAUCUUAGUGACAAGUAAUUUGGGGGGUUUUGGCUCAGCCCCAGUCCCCAGUCCUGCCCCCUCUCUGACUACUUGUUUGCACCUCUGUCACACCAUCAGCCGCUUCUCCACCAGCAUCCCUUACUUCCUGCUCAACCCCAACAGCCUUCCCUUGGCUGCCAAGCACUGGCCUGACAGUAUAACUGCUGGCCACGACACUGUCCCUCUCUUCAGAUGUCCUCUAGAUUGUGGGUGUGAAGGUCUUUUGUCACCAGGGGCUGCCAGAUCGAGAAGGAUGACCUCCCAUGGACAGGCUGUCCUCCAGGUGGUAGCUGGGGCUGGGAACCAUUUCCAUCUCUUGCAGCACGUCCGACAGGGCCCUGGAACAUAUGGCCCACCCUGUUUCCUUACUAUACCCUUGAACUGUGCCCAGCACAGGAGCCUUUUUCUUGUUCAGAAAAUACAGGGAAAAAAAAACCAGCAAAUCAUAAAAUUCACCCUGAACUUGGAGUUCAAGGAGUCUCUGUGGGAUGCAGGAGUGAGUGUUUCCAGGCCAUGGGCUCCCACAUCACACAGGCCUUUACCAGGUGCUUUUCUAAGAGAAAAAAGAGGGAGGAUGCACUGCUGUGGCAGUCCAGGUCCGGUCUGAGCCUCUGAACACCGGGAAGUUUGGGAUCUGGGCACCCACCUCCUAAGUCCCACAGAACAAGGGUAACAGAAAUCUGAGUAUCACCUUAAAAAAACUACAGAUGUGGAAUACUUAAAGAUUUAACCCAUGGAAAAAUUUAUCUUUUGCAGUGCAAAUGCCCGAGAGCUCCCUACCAGCCCAGAGGCACAUGAAGUACAAGGACCCUGCUCCAGGGAUGGACCCUGCUGCCCCUGCACCCCUUCCCCACGCAGCCCAGGCUCUUGCUCCUCAGCAACCGCCUGGUUUGACUCAGCAAUGCUGGGGAGCCUGGAAAUUACCCCAGGCUUGCAAAAAACUACAGGCUUGUGCCCUCUGUAGCGUCAUCCCAGCAGCGGACUGCCCCAAAAACCAGCCGCGAGAGCUGAAGUUCAGCCCGUGUUGCUUCCCAGGCCAGCCGAGAGGGAAGGACGCCAUUUGCUGAGGAGCUCUGGAUGGUUCUUGCCGUGCCUUGACGCCUCCAGGUCCCCACGCUACAAUGCGGCCGGUGGCUCUGGUGGCAGCUGAAUGCCCACCCGGCUUCGGUCACUUGGUCAUUCAUGUGGGUGUCCUCCCACGAGCAGAGGGGUAACAGCAGCUCCAUUGUUCAUCCCCAGCUGGCGAGAACCUUGCGUGGGCCUGGGGCCAGGUUUUGUGCCCACGUGCUAGCUGCCGUCACGCUGGCUUGGCAGUCGGUCUGCGCCGGCUCUUCGGGGAACUGAACUUCAAACAAAGGGACUUCGAGGAUUAAUUGCAGUUUUGGAAGUUUUUCCCAUUUUUAAACCUGACUGAAUCGGUAAAAUGCCUGCUCCAGUUUCAGAACUGUGGAACUACAUCCCAGAAGAAAUCCUCAGCCAAAUUUUCUAUUAUCUUUCUCUUCGAGAUAGAUACACAGUCUUCCAGGUGUGCAGACAUUGGGCUACAGCUGUUUCUUCUAGCUCCGUUUGGCAUUUCACAGAGAUCAGCUGUGAUUCAGAGGAUGAGGAAGGCAUGCUGCAGAGCCUGCUCCAGUUCCUCAGCCAAAUCAAACACUUGAAGAUUGUGUUUGACCAGUCCAAGGAGGUCAACCGGAAGAACGUGACACGCAUCUUGGAUGUGUUGGCAAAACAGAACCACAAACUGCAGCAACUGUGCAUUGUGUGCCAUGGGGAGAACCCCUAUUUCUACUCUGGCCAGGACAUCCUGCAGAGCAUACGGAAUAUAUGCGACACUAGAAACCAGAUAGAUCUUCAGCAUAUUGAUUUUCGAAAAAUGCCCUUCACUCUGGAUGAUGGGCUUGUUGAACUCUUAGCUACCACCAACCCAAACUUGCACAGUUUGUUCAUCAACAACUGCACCCUGGUAUGCAACGUGGCACCAGACACCAUUAGGAAAGUUCUCAGAGCGUGUCCCAAACUGUCAGCCUUGGGGGUUUAUUAUGCCAGUUUGUCUGAUGGCGUAUUUCAGGAACUGCUCAAGCCUGGGAGAGCAGCUUUCACCCAUUUAGACAUUUUCUGUGAGCGGCUGGACAAAUAUAUACCAGUCAUCUCAGAAGAGCUCUGGGCUGCCGUAAGUCAAAAGCAUCCUCAACUCUGUGUAGACCUAGAGUUUGAUCAUACGGUCCCUGCCUGCAAAAUACCACGGAUCCUAAAGCUGAAUAUACCAGUGAGGACGCUGCAACUUAAUACCUAUAAUUACAUGGUAAAUCAGAUUAGAUUUGUCACCCAGAGCUACAGCAGUACUUUAAAGAAGCUGACGCUGCAAACCACGUCCUCAGAGGACUUAAAUUCCUCGCUAGUAGAUCUGGCUAGGCAGUGCAGAAAUCUAUUGGAGAUCCACUGCUACUGUGUGGUCAGCCAGGAGGUGGUAGAAGCGUUCCUCACGCACUGCCCCGGUCUGAAACAGUACACUCUGAAGGUCACCAAGGAACGGCACCCCUGGAAACCAGUAACGGUUCAGUGACCAGCUCCUCCUGACUUCCUGGGGAAAUGGUGGGGAUCCGCAAGAGGACAGGGAAAGAAGAUCUAGGGCUAUAAGGAAAAUGCUGCAAAAUGCCCUCUGCGCUCACGGAGAACAUGCUGUUUCACCAGCACGGGCUGUUGCAUAUGAUGCAUACCUGUUCUGCAGACCAAGCGUUUACACUCAAAUGUGAUAGAGAAAGGGUUAUACAGAGAAAUAUUUUUUUUCUCUUAUGGGGGUAGGUGGGGCAGGUCUUUUUUCUUCUCUGCUUCUUUAUUUAGCAGGAAUGCUGAGUUUACCCUUCGUGGGUUUUAACCGAGGACCUCAGUGAAAUUUAAUUUUGAUUUUACAUUUUAAAAGGAUCAGAAAGUCAAGCAUGUUGUGUCAGGCGCCCAGCAAUUACUUAAAUAGGCAGUUAAGGAAGUGGCAGCUUCGGUGCAGCUGUUUGCUGCCCUGGGGGUACUUGGCCAUGCAGAUCCAGUGAGCUAUAGCAACGAACUGUGGUCAUCUGAUGGAAAACCCACUCUGACCUUGGUAAUUCCUCUUUUGGCAUUUCAGUGAUGGCGAGCUCACCCGUUAUCCAGUCGUCAGGUAACUUCCAGCUUGCAGGGGUGUAACGGGAGCUGAAUAAUGCUAGAGAAUAGAAGCAGGAGAAAAAGCACUUAAGAAAAACGUUCACAAAGUAGUAAUAAAAGGCACGUGGCCUGCAAAUUCCUGUGUCCAUCUUGUCUUUCUUUUGCUCAGAAAUGCAGAU